UCAUCUUCAUCUCUAAAAAUGGGUGAAGAGAAAAUUAUGAAAGAAACCUUUUUCAUAACCCAUGGAAACCCAUUGUUAAUAACAGAUGAACUACACCCUUUAGACCAUUUUUCAAAAAAUUGGAAAGAGAAAGUGUAUUCCAAAAAACCCAAGGCUAUUCUUGUCAUUUCAGCUCACUGGUUAACUGAUCAUCCUAUUGGUAAUUCUGUAAUUCUCAAUGAUACUAUCUAUGAAUAUGGAGGCAUUACUUACCCUGCUCCCUUAUACCAGUUGAAGUACCCGGCUCCAGGAGCUCCAAAUUUAGCAGCAAAGGUGCAGGAACUUCUAACCAAAUCAGGGUUCAAAUCUGUGCACAUUGACAAACAACGUGGGCUCGAUCAUGCAACAGGGGCACCUCUCAUGCUGAUGUACCCUGAGGCUGACAUCCCUGUAUGUGAGCUCUCAGUACAGCCGCGCUUGGAUGCAACACACCACUUCAACUUGGGACGAGCAUUGGCUCCUCUCAAGGAUGAUGGUGUACUCAUCAUUGGGUCUGGGAGCGCGACACACCCUGCAUAUGAUGCACCUCAUUAUGAUGAAGUUGCUCCUUGGGCUACAGAGUUUGAUUCAUGGCUUGAAACAACUCUAAUAAAUGGAAAGUACAAUGAAGUGAAUGAAUACGAAACUAAAGCGCCAAAUUGGAAAUUAGCACAUCCAAUGCCGGAACAUUUUUAUCCAUUACAUGUUGCAAUUGGAGCUGCUGGUGAAGAUUGUAAGGCAGAGCUUAUUCAUAGCAGUUGGUUUUCUGAUAAUUCCUUGAAACAUGGCUCCUACAAGUUCACUUCCAUUUAA